UCUCUCUCUCUUCCAACCGCCCGCCUCAGCCUCCUCAGAGCAGGGAAAGCUGGUGGGGGGAGGGGCGAUGAACUCUGCCCCUCACCGCCGCUUCCUUCUCCUUCUCCGUACUCUCGCCGCCAUGGGAGAAGCCGCUUCGUCUUCCCUCAACGUCCCUAGUAAACAAGAGGCCCUGCCCGGGAGAAACCGGAGCCUCGUCCGCAUCCUGGGUAAACAUCAUGUGAAUGGCAAUAGUAUGGUCGAACCUUUUCCAGAGGGAUUGCACAUGGCAAUAUUUGGUAUGGGCUGCUUCUGGGGAGCAGAGAGGAAAUUUUGGAGGCAGAAAGGAGUCUACUCAACUCACGUGGGUUAUGCAGGAGGACACACCCCGAAUCCCACCUAUGAAGAGGUUUGUUCAGGGAGAACCGGCCAUACCGAAGCGGUGCGAGUGGUAUUUCAGCCCGACACCAUCCGCUUUGAGGAACUGCUCAAGGUCUUCUGGGAGAAUCAUGACCCGACACAAGGGAUGCGGCAGGGAAAUGACGUCGGCACACAGUAUCGGUCUGCUCUCUACACGUUCUCGGCGGAACAGAUGGAGGCUGCCUUGAGAUCCAAGGAAGAGUACCAAAAGGUGUUGACGGAGAAAGGCUUUGGUGCCAUCACAACCGAAAUCCGCGAGGCUCCUCCGUUCUAUUAUGCUGAAGAAUACCACCAGCAGUACCUCAGCAAGAACCCGAAUGGCUAUUGCGGACUUGGAGGCACCGGGGUUUCUUGCCCUUUUGGUCUUAGAGGGUGAUCCUUACCCACGUGACAACAUCAGCGCCUUGGAACAAGAUGUCAAUGGCAAAGGAAUGUGCUUUGGAUUUGUGCUGCAGCUUGGCUACGAUCUUCGGUGAAUGAAAUCAAUGCCACCUAUCCACAAGGAAAGGCUGAGAGCGGAGCGACGCAUACAGCAAAGCGACAGGUUUGCAGUCCUCCUUGGACUGUACCAUUUCCAACUCUAGCCAGGAGAAAUCACAAUUCUGAGUUUUCCCUAAACAAAUAAAAACAAACCCUGCAUAUAGAAAAUGGGCGCAUCAGGAGAAGGUCCUAACCCAUCCUGGGGUAUUAACCUAGCCUGGCAUACCAGUUUUCUACAUACAAGGAGUUCUGGGGGGUGGGGUGGCUUUUUAGACCCACCGUUUUGAAAGAAAACGUUGGGGAAUUUCUUCCACCAUAGUAAAAGGAGCAGAAUUUCUUCUGCCCUUUGACAGGGGACGAAUGGCCCCCUGAAAAUGGGGAAGCAAAUCCAGUUCUUGGGUUGUUGUGCAACCCACCCACCCCCACCUGCAGUCUGAAGUGGCGCAGUCCAGGAAGGCCUGUACUAUGCAAUUUCGCAGAAUAUUUAUGCACCAGACUCUCACCACUGCCAUCUAUGUUGACAUACUCUAGGGUGACCAUAUGAAAAGGAGGACAGGGCUCCUGUAUCUUUAACAGUUGUCUAGAAAAUGUAAUUUCAGCAGGAGACAUUUGUAUGCAUGCAGCACCAGGUGAAAUUCCCUCUUCAUCACAACAGUUAAAGCUGCAGGAGCCCUGCCCUCUUUUGUACCUUGUCAAAAGUGCAGGGCUCCUGUAUCUUUAAAAGUUGUAUAGAAAAUGUGAUUUUGGCAGGUGUCGUUUGUACACAUGCAGCACCUGGUGAAAUCCCCUCUUCAUCACAGCAGUUAAAGCUGCAGGAGCCCUGCCCUCUUUUGUGUCUGUUCAAGAAGGCAGGGCUCCUGCAGAUUUAACAGUUGUGAUGAAGAGGGGAUUUCACUAGGUGCUGCAUGCAUACAAAUGACACCUGCUGAAAUUCCCUUUUCUAGGCAACUGUUAAAGAUACAGGAGCCCUGUCCUCCUUUCCAUAUGGUCACCCCAACAUACUCCCUGUGAUCCUAGGGUUUGGUUGGGUGUUCCACACUGUAUACAUCUACAAAUGUCUAUGCUAGAACAGGAAUCUGAAGAGAUGAGACAAAGAUGUGCGUUCCAGGGAAGGAGGCGGAAGCGAUGACACACCAGACCAUGGGAGGAAGCCACUGGGAGUGGAUUUGGAGUGGAGAAGCAGCAGGCAAAGGCAUCCACCCACACUCCUCAACCCACGCCUUCUUCCCUCUAAAUCCCCAAAUUUGUUAUUCAUUUCAGAACUGGUGCCAGAGUUCAGUUACACCCAUUUCCCGUUAGUUACGCCCUUAGCGCUCUGCUGGAUGGUGGCGACCAUUUGUUCGUGUGCUACUCUCGCAGGGCUUAAGGAUUUCCAAAUCCCUGGUUUGAAAUCCCAGGCUGUCUUCGUAGCUGUGGCAUAAAGCUUCUGUUAUCCCCUUGAGAUGAUGAGGGCGUGGGCAGAAGAUAAGUGGGAAAAUCGAGAACUUUCACUUUGGGGGAAUCCCGUCACCGAUGGAGCUGCAGGGCUUCGCUCUUGCGGUACAAAAAGGGAAACUUGCAGUUCCGUAAGCUCUUCCACUCAUGGGGACCUUUAUAUUAUUGCCCCUGUGUCAUUGUGCAAGAAUGUCUGAGAAUGCAAUAAAGGGUAAUAAUCCGCUAACGAAAA